AUGUAUUCUUUUGAAAAAAAGGGAGGACAGGUAAGGGAAGAAAAAGGGAUGGAAGCAUUUCGUGAUGUACUAGGAGAAUGCCAACUUAUUGAUGUGGGAUAUACAGGAGUAUGGUAUACGUGGGAGAGAGGAAAUCUACCGAGUACGAAUAUUAGAGAAAGACUGGAUCGUGGCGUGGCAAAUGAAAAAUGGAUGGAGUCUUUCUCAUGUCGCAAUGUUCACCACUUAACGUCUUCACUUUCUGAUCAUUGCCCUCUUUUGGUUAGUACAACAAAUGGGGGUAGGUUAAAAAGAACUCCAAGAUUUAAGUUUGAGGCAUGGUGGACUGCAGAGGAAUCAAUUGAAGAGGAGAUUAGAAAAUCAUGGGAGGCAUUAAAUGGGUCUUUAGUCGGAAAGUUCGAAAGUUUACAGAUUAGUCUGUCAAAAUGGGCACAAUCAAUAAGGAGGACCCGGAAAGAAUUAACGCAUAAAUUCUCAAAGGAGCUAGAAAGUCUGCUGGAAAAGGACAGAGAUAACGAUACAAUGAUACAGCUAAUAAAUGCGAGAACCCACUUAAAUUUGGAAAUUGAUAAAGAAGAGAUGUAUUGGGAACAAAGAGCAAGAGCAAACUGGCUUCAGUUAGGGGACAGGAAUACGACAUUUUUUCACAAAUUCGCUUUGAUGAGAAAACGAGUUAAUGCGGUUCACAGACUGGAUACAGAUGAUGGAAAUGAGAUUGUUGAAGAAACAGAAAUAAUUGAGACUGCUGCAAAACAUAUUGUGGGUAAAGAUAUUGAAGAAUUUUGCUUGGGAGUUUUGAAUGAUGGAAAAACCCUUGGCGAUUUCAACUUUACUGAAAUAGUACUUAUUCCGAAGAUUCCCAAUCCCACAAAUCUUGUUAAUUUCAGGUCUAUCAGCUUAUGCACAAUUAUAUAUAAGAUAGUAGCCAAAGUUAUUGCUAAUCAUCUUCAGGAAUUCAUUGGUGGAUGUAUUGAUAAUGCUCAGAGUGCGUUUAUUCCUGGGAGAACUGCAAUAGCAGAAGGUUUGAUUAAAGGGGUUAAGGCUAGUAGAAGGGGCCCGGCGAUCUCACAUUUAUUAUUUGCGGACGAUUGUAUCUUGUUUAGUGAAGCUACAAAGGAUAAAACAAGGACUCUGAAAGACAUUCUGAAGGAAUACGAGAGGUGUUCAGGCCAAUGUGUGAACUUUAGCAAGUCUACAGUUUUUUUCAGUUCCAAUAUGAUGGAAGGGGACAAAGCAGCUAUAUCAACCGAACUGGGAAUAAGGCGCUCAACAAAUAUGGAGAAGUACUUAGGAUUGCCUAAUAUGGUAGGAAUGAGGAAAAAGGAAUCCUUUCAGAACCUUAAGGAUAGGAUUAAAUUAAAGAUUGGGAAUUGGAGUACAAGAUUUCUAUCACAAGGGGGAAAAGAGGUUUUUAUAAAAUCCGUUCUUCAGGCUAUACCAACUUAUGCGAAGGCAUGCUUUCUUCUACCGAAAUCAUUAUGUGAGGAGUUCGAAAGUAUUUUUGCUAGGUACUGGUGGCAAAAAAGUCAGAAAACGAAAGGGAUUCAUUGGUGCAAAUGGAAAGAUGUGUGCAGCUCUAAAGAGGAGGGCGGAUUGGGAUAUAGAGAUAUGGCUAAGUUUAAUAUUGCUUUACUUGCUAAGCAGGGUUAG